UUUUCUUGGCCGUUAUGACUAAAUUGUUUGGCCGUUUCGACCAAAUAUUUUGGCCGCUAUGACCAAAUUUUUUGGCAGUUAUGGUUUAGGGCCGUUAUGUCUAUAACCCAUACGGCGUCCCCAACUCCAUGGGCGUACUAUUGAUCAUAUAUUAUAUUAGUUCAUCUAACACUACAGAUAACAGAAGAUCAGCAUAAUUAAUAAGGACAUAAUUCGGGAGGAGCUCUAUUCCAAGUCUGAUCGACUUACUGCCGUUCGUUCGUAAAUGUCACUUACUUAGUUAAUUGUAUUUUACGUCCGCUUCCACCGAGGUGAUAUCGCAGACAAUAACAUGUUAUAAAUGUCAGUAAACUCCAUGGUUAUAUAGCAGCUAUUGUUUCCCAGCAUUAAACAAAGAUUGUUACUGGGUGACAAUCUGGCAUUAGACAUCAUGUCACUACGAAACUGUCGAUAUUUACUCGCAAGAUCAUUUUUUGAUGUAAGAAUUCGACCACAAUCUUCCUUGGCGGCAAUCAAGUCAUGUGACGAAAUUCCAGGACCAAAACCUGUACCAUUUUAUAAAAUCUUUGAAGACCUGAAGAAAAAUGCUGGGAGAACGCAUAAAAUGUAUGUGGAUUUACACGAGGAAUUCGGACCUCUCGUUCAGUUUAAAAUCCCGAUGAUCUCUAUGCAUAUCUUCUUUAUUUCCGAUCCUAAUUUAAUAGAGGAAUUACUACGACAAGAUGUAACUCAUGUUCGACCUCCAAUUCGAAUAUGGAAUGAUUAUAGAGUCAGAGCAAACCAAGCUUUUGGUACAUUAACCACUGAUGGUGAAGAAUGGGCCCGGAUGAGAAAAGUCGUUGAUAAACCCAUGUUGAAACCCAAAGCAGUGGAUAACUAUGCUAAAGAUAUAAAUAAAGUAGUUGAGGACUUACUCGAUAGAUUUGAGAGAAUUAGAGGUCCAGAUAUGAUUGUUGAAAAUUUAUCCUCGGAACUUUUUAACUGGGCGCUAGAGUCCAUCGGAUCAAUCUUAUAUGAGAAAAGAAUGGGCAGCCUCUCUGACGUCAGGAAUCCUGAAAAUGACAAUUUUAUCGAGGCGGUUAGAAGUAUGUUUGCCACCACCGUAUAUCUAUUUUCAGUACCACCUCUACUGUCUAGAUUUAUCAUGAGGAGCAAGUGGAAAGAACAUGAAGAAGCAUGGAACACAAUAUUUAGAGUAGCUGAAGAAUGUACAAGUGCUAAGUUGGAAGUAAUAAAAAAUGUUAAGAGAAAUGAAGGGGAAGAGGUUGGAAUUAUCGAAUAUUUCAUUGAAAGAAUGCCACUGAAAGAAGUUUAUAGUAAUAUAACAGAAUUAAUGGCCGGUGGUGUAGACACGACAUCCAAUUCAUCGCAAUUUGUGCUAUAUGAAAUAGCCAAAAAUCAGAAUUAUCAAGAUAAACUUUACCGAGAAGUUCAAGAAAAUAUUAAAGAAAAUGGUUUGGUGGAUUUGAAAAAUCUGAAAUAUUUAAAAGCUUUCAUUAAAGAAACUUUGAGGUUGUACCCAGUCGCAAAUAGUGUUGGUCGUGUCUUACAGAAUGAUACUGUAUUAAAUGGAUACCUUCUACCAAAAGGGAAAAUGAUUGCUUACUCACCAUAUGCACUUGGUAGAAACGAAGUCUUUGUAUAAAGAUGCUGAAGUGUUUAAACCUGAACGUUGGUUAAGAGAUCAACCUGGACAAGAUAAAGUUCAUCCCUUUGCUUAUUUACCUUUUGGUUUCGGACCAAGAAUGUGUGUUGGUCGUCGAGUAGCAGAAAUGGAAAUGCAGACUUUAGUAUCUCAAAUGUUAAGAAGAUUCCAUCUGGAAUUGGUUGAUGAUAAACCUAUUGAUACAUGGUGUGAUAUAAUUAUGUCUCCCGCUCAGCCUGUAAGACUCCGAUAUAUUGAUCGUAAAUAGAUACAUAUAAAUGUUAUAUUUUUUCACUAUUGAUGUAGUUUAUAUAUUGUUUGUUAACACUUAAUACUGUAGUUAUGCGGUAUUUGAAGACAAUUAUAUAAUUAAAUGUACAAUAAGGUAAACCUGACCGCCAGAAAACCAAAAAUAUUAAUAAAAAAACAUAUCUUUGUGGAUUUAUUAACAAGUAAUAAACGAAGAAGUAGAGAGAGAGCGAUAGAAAUUGGGUUUAACGUCCACUCGAUCUAAACUAGGCCAUGUCGGGACUAAUCGUACACAAUUAUAUGGAGGACCAGGAGAAAUCCCGCGAGGUUGGCAGACGACCUACCCUACGCGUAGAAGCUUGUGAUCGAAACCACGCCACUUGAAUAUCAAAAAUAAGUAAAUACAUAAAGCCAUUUAAGGGUAUUAAAGAUAAUAACAAUGCUCAAAUUGCAACCGCUCAAAGUAUAUCCAAAUCUACAUGUAAAAUACCACAAGAACCACUCAAUGCCCCCCCACCCCCCGCUCCCCUCAGAAAGGCAAGAGGUAACAGGUGUUCGGAAAUGAGUAAGCAUCCCAUAUUUGGUGUAUUAUAGUAUUUGAAUUUUUUUCGACCCAUUACAAAACCCCCCAAAAUAUACAAUAUUUCGUCAUAAUCUAAUAUCCCUAUAUCCUUUUUGUUCACUAACCUUUACCCCAUAUUAAUACCCGAAGGAACAUCGAAGAAUCUGGUGAUCUUAUGAUAUUUCGGGGUAAUAACAACAUGUAUUCUUACCCUGUAAAUUUGGUUUCAAAAUAUCACCUUUUGCAAAAGUUACAGUAAACAGAAAUAACUAGUUGUUUUUAUAAGUUAAUGGAAUAUGCAUGUAUUGCAAAUUACGUUUGAAACUAAAUUUAGGCUCAAUGGAUAACCUAUAAUAUAAACAUAAAGCACGAAACAUAAUGUUUUACUCAUUUUCUUUUUCAUUAUAAAUACUCUUCAAAAAAAGUAGGGGAUAUUCAGAAACAAUACAAAACUGCAGAAAUGCACUGCUGUUUUUAUUACAGGUAACCAGAGUAUGUUAAUAACAGGCCAAUUGCCUACACAUGAACAUAAACAGUUCAUAUGGGCGGCUUAUCUGACGGCCCAUUUCACUCGCAAAGAGAUACACUGUCAAAAGUGAAAAUGGACGUUUUUGAUUUUUGUCUUAAUAAAGAGUAAUUGCUCCACCAAUACCCAGACAUUCAGCAAUUCGUCGUGGCAUGCUCCCAAUCAACCGUCCAAUCACGAUUUGGGGCAAUCUGACCCACUCCUCUUGCAGCGCCACGGCCAAUUCUUGCAGUGUUGUCGGUUGACGUUGACGUCGACGUGUCCCGAUCAUGUCCCAGACAAGGUCAGGUCUCAUGGCUGGCCAAGGCAUGUGGACAAUAUCGUGACGCUGGAUGUAGUCAUUCACGACACAAGCGCGGUGGACACGGGCAUUAUCAUCUUGAAAGAUGAAACGUCGACCGGCACGUUGAGCAAAGGGCAGAACUAUCGUUGCCAGGAUGUGGUCACGGUAGUACACACCAGUGACCCUUCCUUGAACAAUAUGCAAGUCCGUUCUGCCAGUCAAGGUGAUUCCUCCUCUGAAUAUCCCCUACUUGUUUUGAAGAGUAUAAUAUGUAAAUGUCUUAAUUAAAUCAACCUGUCUAUAAUAUCAUGUAUAAUGUAUUGGACGUUAAAUUUGUAAUAAACAACAACAACAACAAGUAUUGGUGUUCGGAGCUAGGCCUUACACGUAUUAACAGAGUGGUAUUAUUGGAAUAUUGACAGCCCACAACGUAAGCUUUUGUCUCCAUGGCAAAUUGCAUCGUUAAACACAGGGCUGUAAUAUAUGAUAAUAUCCUUUAAUCAGAUUGCAUAUUGAACUAUGACCAGUUUAGUUUAACAAUAUUUUUAUAAUUUACCACACCAAAACAACCAUUGAAUACAGUAGCGUUUAUAUGGAUUUAUGUAUGUUUAUUGUACAUCUCAAUAAUAUUACAGAUAUAAUAUGGAAUACAUUUUAGAUACAGACUGAAAUGCAUGAUAAAUGAAUACUAGUGUAACCCUA